UUCUGCCUUCCCUUCCCUGCCCUCUAUCUCUCACUCUAUCUUUCUGGUUCUCUCCCGCCUGGAUUUAUCUCCGGGCAUCCCUGUCCGGGCUGGCUGUCCUUCCAUCUCCUGUCGUUCUCAGAGCCUCCUCCCUCCACCCUCCAUCUCUAGCUGGCUCUUUGUCUUCUUCCCUGUUCCCCCUUUCUUUCCUUCUUCCUCUGUUGCUCCUUUCUUCCUCUCUGUCCUUUCCUCUGUCACCCUGUCUUUGUCCUUCCAUCUCAUGGUUACUUCAUCUACGUGUCUCUGCUUCUCUCCAUCAGUCCCUCUUCUGUUGCUUUCCCUGUCUCUUUCUCUGUGUCUCUGGCUUCUGCUCUGAUGGUCCCUCUGCUGGUCUCUAUUUUUAUCCCUGUGACACACCUCCCGUGUCCACUUCUCUGUCUGUCUGUCUCUCCCCCUCCUGCUUCCCCUCGGGUCCCAGCUCCUGGUCCCAAUUAGUUGGUGGCUGCCAAGGCAGAGGCAGGGCCCCCACUCCUGGCUCCUCAUUACCGCUGGCGGCUCCUAAUGAGCCUGGUGGAGGGGCUGACCCUGCGCCCCCAGCCCCCUGGUCUGCGUCACUACCCGCUGCGGGGGCUGUGGAGGCGAUAUAAGGGGGCCGAAGCCUCGCUGUCCGAGCCCACUGCGCGGUGAUGGAGACCCGCCAGGUGCCCAGGAGCCCCCGAGUGCGGCUGCUGCUGCUGAUUCUGCUGCUUGUGCCCUGGGGCGACCACACUGCCUCAGGAGUCGCCCUGCCCCCCGCGGGGGUCCUCAGCCUCCGCCCCCCCGGGCGGGCCCGGGAGGGCCCCGCCCCCCCGCUGUCGCGGCGGAGCCUGGCGUUGGCUGACGACGCGGCCUUCCGGGAGCGCGCGCGGCUGCUGGCCGCGCUCGAGCGCCGCCACUGGCUGAACUCGUACAUGCACAAGCUGCUGGUGCUGGACGCGCCCUGAGCGCGGUGCCCGCCCAACCUCAAUAAAGAUCUUCCCCGAAUGCCUCGGGUCUGCGCCUCCUUCCUGCGCCCUCCGUGUGCUCGCGCGGGGUCUGGGGGCGGGGCUUGCGUCGCUACUCCAG